GUCCGUCACAGGUCUCACGUCAAUUCAAUUAGCCACAUGGAGCACACCACCGACCCUCCCAGUCACCCCCUCCUGUCUGUCGCCUUCAGUCAGCAAGAUCCAGCGUCAGCACCUGCUGCUUCAUGUGCAUCACAGCCUGGCCCCGUUGCUGCUGCCGAGGAGACGGAGGAUAGGCCAGCCGUGCCCCAGGGUGCUGCACCGCUGAGACCGGCCGACUCACUCGAGGCUUCUUCUGCUGUACAUCAGUGGUGGACGACCGCCGUGGCUGCGGCGAUGGUGGGGGCUGAGGUGGGGGCGGGGCAGGGGGGUUGAUGCGGUAUGAAGACGAGACGGUGGGUUUGGCGUAGGAGGGCACCUCCCCUGGGGCCGAGUACCGUCUGGCGGGCUUCCUCGGUGGGACCUCCUCAGUGUCUUCCUCCUCAUCUUCUUCAUCUGACUCACUCUCCUCUUCUCCUUCUUCUUCUUCGUUUUCAUCUUCCUCUUCGUCGUCCUCUUCCUCUUCCUCUGCUUCUGACUCGGACGAUGACUCCUCAGCUGCCGCCACCUGCUGUCGCGGGGGCGGGGGGUGCUUGGAUCGGCUGCUCCUGUCAUCGGACUGAAGGGAAAGGGGCAAAGGAAAGGCAUGCAGUGUGUCUGACUGUCUGGGGAGGGUGGGUGGUGGUGGUGGUGUGGCGUACGUCGAUUCUGAGGAGCUCGGCGACGAUGUCGACUGGCAGAUUGACGAGAGAGGCCACCUCACUCACACCCUACACACACACACACACGCAGAAGGAAUCCCUUGUGCAUGACUGACGAUAGGUACACCAAUGCGCCGAUGCGAUGCGCACCGGUGGAGGUGGGAGUCCAGAUGGCGGCAGUGGUUCGGUCAUCCGCCUCCGCUGCAGCAGCUUCAUCGCCGCCUGGGUCCGGCACUUGGGGCACUGACACGUGAAGCCAUAAUCCUGAUGACACACAACCAGAUGCCUCCAUGCACCGCACCCCUGCAGACUCUAUCACCCGUACGGCUACCUGCUGCAGCUGCUUCUGCCGGAGUUCCAGCGGCUUGGCCUCGUCGAUGUACGACUGGAGGAUCUCCUCGCCCGCCCGGAUGGGCCGUGCCGCCUUGACCACCGACUCUUUGCAGUUGACGUAAUCCACGUCAACAUUCGGCCAGCACGAAUGAUUCGUCAACGCAACUAUGCGACACACACACAGACAUAAGGAAAGAUAUUGGGCCGAGGGGCCAUCAUUUGUGUUGGUAUGUGGGUGUUUCACCUGAUCUGAAGAGCCCGAUACCGAGGAACGGCGGGAAGAUGCCGUUCUUGUCGUCGUUUUCGUCAGAGUCUGCGUCGCGUGUGUCGGCGGCCAUGGCGGCAGUGGGGCUGUGAGGAAGCUCGUGCUCCUCUUCCUCCUCCUCCACACAAUCCACUAUACGCUUUACCUCACGAAACACCUGCACACACACACACAUCCAUCCAUCCAUCUAUUGAGGGGUCUCGUUGCGUAUGAAGACGUACCGGUUGGCAUGCAAUGAGUGCCCUGUGCACAUUCUGUGGUGUGGUGACUCUGUUGGCCAUGUUGCGGCGGAUGAUGCGGUUGAGGGGGUGGGGGAACUCCACGUUCAUGUUGACCAGAUCGAACUGACCCUGAUCCAUGAAUGGGUGCACCGAGAGCACACCAUUCACACACAGCCGGACAGAGGAUGGAUGGCUGGCUCUUUGACCGCCAAUGUCUUCCACAUGUACCGUACCAGUAGGUUAGCGUAGUACUCGAGCGAGAAGAGCUCCAGCCAGUUUGGCGGCGGGAUCGACGGGUGCGUGUGUGCGUCUUUGGUGUCGCGCGUGAUGACGUCCAGGAACACCUGAUUGAGCCGACUCAGAGACUCCGACAGACUGCACAGGCAGGGAUCCGGGCAGUGAGGAAAUUGAGAAUUUGCGGCUCAAUGUCCGUCCCUGCCACCAUUCACUCACCACUUGAGUCUGUGUUCUCUAUAGUGAAGGCUCGACGGCUGCCGCCGCACCCUAUCCUCACCAACCAAGUCAUACCUGCAUCGCAUCAGAGCCAUCCAAUCCACGCAACAGAAAGGACGCCAUUCACGCCAACACGGGAUAUGAUUUGUGUUGUUGGCCUCUCACCAGGGUUUUUGGUAGAAAACGGCGUACUCCGCCAUGCACAGGUCGAGGGGCCGCUCCUCGUACUUGACCUGACAGAUAAUGUCGGCGUACACCAGGCCGGCGAGAAUGAAGUUCUCGUGAUAGCGACGCGCAUGCCUGACGAGAGAAAGCAGAGCUGUGAAUGGCCGGCAGGCAGAUGCAUGGAUGCACGUUGCUCUGUGGCGUAUGUGUACUUGCAGAAGUCCUUCCAUUUGUGACGUCUGACGGGGGUCAUCUCGGCGCACAGGAUGCGAUGAUGCGUUGAACGAAGGGCGGUCUGAGGGACGAAGGAAGGAAACACAGACAUGUGAACAGUCGUGAAUGCGUGUUCGUUGAUGUGUUUAGCCUGCCGCACCUGCAUGCAUUCGUGUGAGCAGAAGACCUCCCCAGAGCCGUGUGGGCACUUGAGGGGGCGAGGCAACCCUUCCUCCAGAUACUGCACACCCAAUUAAACACCCAACCACACCCAUUUUAUGCCCGCAUCAGUGAGUGGCUGGAGCCGCCUCUCUCUGCGUACCUUGGUCACAUGUGAGGUCAGGGCCUGGUGCGCCUCGGGAAAGUUCUUGGCCAACGACUUGCCCGCACUGAUGCCGACAGACAGACAGACAGCCACACAGACCGAUAUGCAUAAUAUGAGGAAGGGCACAGUGUUCAUGGAUGGGGUCUGUUGACACCCACUUGGCGAGUACGUGGUCGAGCUGCUGGCGAAAUCCACCCACUAUACGGAAGCAGUGGCUGCACGCUAUGCAGCAGCGUCUGUUGUGGAAAGGGCAGACAGACAGGCACACAGACAGACGACAUGAGUGCGGCACAACACAGCUGUGGUUCACUCACUCCCUCUCUGUGGUGUGGGCUCACUUGGAGUACAGGUGCUGCAUGGCCUUGAGUGGUGUGUCCCGGUACACAACUGCAUAAGCAGAACAGGCCGGCAAUGCACAGCACACAGGCGACCCUUUGCCUCUCCUUUGGCUUCUCUCACCAUCUCCCUUUUGGAAGUCCCUCAGUGCCACGAGCCCCAUGCCCAUCUCUCGACCAAAGUAGCGAAUGCCCACAUCCUUGAACGUGCUGUCGCAGAACCGCUCAUGCCACAUCCGAUAGAUCUCGCUGCGCAACGCAUAUGGCGGCCACGGCUCAGUCUCACUCUCAGUCUCCCUCGCCGUCAGCUGCUCAUCCCGCUCCUCUACCAGAGAAGCAGAGUCUUCUGGUGCUUCAGGCUCUUCUGCCGGUGCCAUCGUGACCUCUUCUGCUUGGCCUGGAGGCCGGCUGAUGUCUUGUUGGCUCACCGCCGGCGCCGAAGCAGCAUUCAUGCCGAAGGCUCGGAUGACGAAUAUCAGAUAACCACGUUCCGAUGAUGUGACAAAGAAGUUGAUACAAAACGCC